UCGGAGAUGCGCGACAGACCCAACAGCCACGGAGCACGGAGCGAGAGGAAAUGUUAACUGGAGCUUAUAAUUAAUUCACUAUUACAUGAAAAAACCCACAAAUAAUUUUACAUGCUGCCCGUAUGGAAAACGAUCUUUGUGUCCAGCCACAAGAAGAGGCUCACUUGAAGACCAUUGAACACAGAUUGCACCAAAGCCGCUCAAGUUUGAUCUGUGUCGGAGUAAUUUUUACUCCCUGCCUGACCAGUGUGGACCAAUGAUGGCUCUAGUGGUUCACCUGAAGACGGUCGCUCACCUCCGCGGGAAAGGUGACAGGAUCGCCAAAGUUACAUUCAGAGGUCUGCCUUUCUACAGCCGUGUGGCAGAGAACUGUGAGGAGGUGGCACACUUUAAUGAGCUAUUUCGAUGGCCCAUCGCCAGCAGGCUGGAUGGAAACGAGAUGCUGGAGAUCCAAGUGUACAAUUACAGCAAAGUCUUCUCCAACAGACUGGUGGGGACUUUCUCUAUGGUGCUUCAGAAGGUGGCUGAGGAGGGACACCUUGAGCUGACGGACACACUCAUAGACGACAACAACACGUCAAUAAAGACCAGCGUUACCAUAGAGAUCAGAUACCAGUCGAUGGACGGCACAGUGGGAGUCUGGAGCGACGGGGAGUUCCUGGAUGUUCCUGACGACCGUGAUGGGAUGUUUGCCUUUGAAACGGACAGCUUGCUGUCAGGACAAAGCCACGGGUCAGGGACGUCUCCUGGGCGAUCCUUGCAGGGAUCCAUACCAACCUUCAGGAAAGCAGGGAAGGGAGUUUUCUCAGCCAUGAAGCUCGGCAAGAUCAAGAGCUCAAAGGACGAUCACAAGAGAGAUGAGCCAGCGAUCCUGGACAUGGAGGACAUGGACAGGAAGGCGAGGCGAAUUGCUGGAGCAAUGGACCCAGACACCAUCUCUCUGGCCUCUGUCACUGCCGUCACCACCAACGUCUCCAACAAGAGGUCAAAGCCAGACAUCAAAAUGGAGCCGAGCUCUGGACGCCCAGUUGAUUACCAGAUCAGCAUCACAGUGAUCGAGGCCCGGCAGCUAAUAGGCCUCAACAUGGACCCCGUGGUGUGUGUCGAGAUUGGAGACGACAAGAAGUACACGUCCAUGAAGGAGUCCACCAACUGUCCAUACUACAAUGAGUAUUUUGUCUUUGACUUCCACGUCCCUCCUGAUGUCAUGUUUGAUAAGAUCAUCAAACUCUCCGUGAUUCACUCUAAAAAUCUUCUUCGGAGUGGAACAUUGGUGGGAACCUUCAAGAUGGAUGUUGGGACCGUUUACUCGCAGCCUGAGCAUCAGUUUUACCACAAGUGGGCGAUCCUGUCUGAUCCUGACGACAUAACAGCGGGAUGUAAAGGAUAUGUGAAGUGUGACAUCGCUGUGGUCGGGAAGGGCGACAACAUCAAGACCCCACACAAGGCCAACGAGACCGAUGAAGACGACAUAGAGGGGAACCUCCUGCUCCCAGAGGGCAUCCCAGCAGAGAGGCAGUGGGCGAGGUUUUAUGUGAAGAUUUACCGCGCUGAGGGACUUCCUAAAAUGAACACCAGCAUCAUGGCUAAUGUGAAGAAGGCCUUUAUAGGAGAGAACAGAGACCUGGUGGAUCCCUACGUUCAAGUGCAGUUUGCUGGGCAGAAAGGGAAGACUUCAGUCCAGAAGAGCAGCUAUGAACCGAUCUGGAACGAGCAGAUCAUCUUCACUGAGCUGUUCCCUCCACUCUGCAAACGCAUGAAGAUCCAGAUACGAGACUCUGAUAAGGUCAACGACGUCGCCAUAGGCACCCACUUUGUUGACCUACGCAAGAUCUCAAAUGAUGGUGACAAAGGGUUCUUGCCCACCCUGGGUCCUGCUUGGGCAAACAUGUACGGCUCCACACGUCAGUAUACUCUGAUGGACGAACACCAGGACCUGAACGACGGUCUUGGAGAAGGCGUCUCCUUCAGAGCCCGUCUCCUGCUCUCCAUGGCUGUGGAGAUCUUGGACACAACGUCGCCUGAGCUCAUGAGCUCCACUGAGGUGCAGGUGGAGGGUGUCUCCAACAUCUCAGAGAGCGCCACUGGGAAAAUAGAGGAGUUCUUUCUCUUUGGUUCCUUCCUGGAGGCCACAAUGAUCGACAGGAAGAUUGGUGACAAACCGAUAAGUUUUGAAAUCACAAUAGGUAACUAUGGCAACCAGAUAGAUGGUGUAAGCAAGCCUUCGUCGGCAAAGAAGAAGAAGAAAGAUGGGGAGACUGAAGAAGAGGAGAGCGAGCUCAUACACAACUCCAGCGAGGACGAGGCGGACGAGGACGUUGACCUGGUCUCCGUCUCCUCCACUCCUCUAAUGAAGCCUGUCAUCACAGACAGGAAUUACUUUCAUCUUCCCUACUUUGAAAAGAAGCCGUGUGUUUACAUCAAAAGCUGGUGGCAGGACCAGAGAAGACGACUGUACAACUCUAACAUGAUGGACAAGAUCGCUGACAAGCUGGAAGAGGGUUUGAAUGAUGUUCAGGAGAUCAUUAAGACAGAGAAGGCUUUUCCAGAACGCAGACUCAGGGGAGUGCUGGAGGAGCUCAGCGUCGGCUGCAGUCGGUUUGUGACCCUGGCUAACAAGGAUGUGAACCAGGCGGGCCGAACCAAACUGGACCGAGAGCGGCUCAAGUCCUGCAUGAGAGAGAUGGACAGCAUGGGCCAGCAGUCCAAACAAAUCCGAACUCAGGUGAAGAAAAACACAGUCAGAGACAAACUCAAGCUGGUGCAGAACUUCCUGCAGAAGCUCCGUUUCCUCGCUGACGAGCCUCAGCACAGCAUCCCAGAUGUUUUCAUCUGGAUGAUGACGAACAACAAGCGCAUUGCUUACGCCCGUAUUCCUUCCAAAGACAUUCUGUACUCCAUAGUGGACGAGGAAAUGGGAAAAGACUGUGGCAAAGUCAAAGCUGUCUUCCUCAAGCUGCCUGGUAAGAAGGGCUUUGGUCCUGCAGGCUGGACGGUUCAGGCGAAGCUGGAGUUGUAUCUGUGGCUCGGCCUCAACAAGCAAAGGAAGGACUUUCUCAAUGGUCUGCCAAACGGUUUCGAAGAGAUCAAAUCUGCUAAAAUGGGCCCCGGUCUUCAAUCUGUCCCCCCCGUUAGCCUCGUCUACAACAUGAAGCAGGUGUUUCAGCUAAGAGCACACAUGUACCAAGCCCGCAGUCUGUUUGCUGCCGACAGCAGCGGCCUUUCAGAUCCCUUCGCUCGGGUCUUCUUCUCCACACACAGCCAGGUUACUGAGGUCCUGAGCGAGACUCUCUGCCCCACAUGGGACCAGCUGCUGGUGUUUGACGAUGUGGAGCUGUUUGGGGAGGCCAGUGAGCUGAGAGACGACCCUCCAAUCAUUGUAGUUGAAAUCUUUGAUCAGGACACUGUGGGCAAGGCAGAGUUCAUAGGUCGGACGUUCGCGAAGCCCACCAUCAAGAUGUGUGAUGAGCACUACGGCCCGCCGAGAUUCCCACCGCAGCUGGAGUACUACCAGAUUUACAGAGGGAACUGCACCGCCGGGGAACUGCUGGCUGCCUUUGAGCUGCUGCAGAUCCCUUUCAAUGCGGAGGAGAUUAGGCGAGCUCUGAUUGCUGUCCAUAACUUUGCUGUUCCUCAAAUAAAGAUUGGUCAAGGAGGGAGAGCCGAUCUUCCUCCCAUUGAAGGGCCGACAGACUCUGAGCGUGGCCCCAUUCUUCCUGUGCCGCUGGGCAUCAGACCCGUUCUGAGUCGCUACCGCAUAGAGGUUUUGUUCUGGGGCUUAAGGGACCUGAAAAGGAUUAACCUGGCUCAGGUGGAUCGGCCCCGUGUGGACAUAGAGUGUGCGGGCAGAGGUGUGCAGUCUGUCCUCAUCCAGAACUACAAGAAAAACCCCAACUUCAGCACCUUGGUUAAAUGGUUUGAGGUGGACCUUCCAGAGAAUGAGCUUCUCCACCCUCCUCUCAACAUCCGGGUGGUGGACUGCCGGGCGUUUGGCCGUUACAUCCUGGUGGGGUCUCAUGCUGUCACCAGCUUGAGACGUUUCAUCUACAGCGCCCCAGACAAGACGUCCAACAACUGGGCCACUGCAGCUAAGCUAAUGAAUGGCUAUAUGGUCCUUACUAAUGGCGGCUCCCAGCCUCGCUCCUCACCCAGCCUUUCUUCCCGCACCCUCUCUCGCCCCGCAGGUGACAUCAUCGUCAACAUGGAUGCGGAGCCUCCCGUGCGAAAGAUGGACACGGUUGUCAAGUUAGACGCUACGUCUGACGCCGUUGUAAAAGUUGACAUGACCGAGGAGGAGUGUGACAAAGAGAAAAAGAAGAAGAAGAAGAAAAAGAAGGGAGGAGUAGAAGAAGAGGAUGAGACAGAUGAGAGAGUGCUGGACUGGUGGUCCAAAUAUUUUGCUUCAAUAGAGACGCUGAAGGAGACUCUCAGAGCCCAGGAGGCAGCUCAGGCAGAGGCAGAGGAAAGAGAGGACCUGGAAAUAGCUGCAGAGGCAACAGAUAUCAAACCUGAUGACCUUCUUCUAAAAGGCUCCAAGACAAAGGAAAAGAGCAAAGAGAAGAAGGGCUCCAAGGACAAGAAGAAGGGCCAGGCUGCAGACGGCUCUGAGAAACGACCGGUCAAAGCAAAAGUAGACGAGCUGAUGGUGUACAACAAGGAGCUGGAGAGUGAGUACGGCAACUUUGAAGACUGGCUGCACACUUUCAACUUGUACAGAGGAAAGGCGGGCGAUGACGACGAACACGCUCUGGAUGAUGACAGAAUUGUUGGCAGAUUCAAGGGAUCCUUAUGUAUGUACAAGCUACCUCUGUCUGAGGAGAUCACAAGAGAGGCAGGAUUCGAUCCCAACAUGGGCAUGUUCCAGAGCAUUCCACAUAACGAUCCAAUCAACGUCCUCGUCCGUGUCUUUGUGGUCAGGGCUACAGAUCUUCAUCCAGCUGAUAUUAAUGGGAAGGCUGAUCCAUACGUUGUCAUCAAGCUGGGCAAGUCAGAGGUCAAGGACAAAGAGAACUACAUUUCCAAACAGCUCAAUCCUGUAUUUGGCAAAUCAUUUGACAUCGAAGCCACAUUCCCCAUGGAGUCCAUGUUAACGGUGUCUGUGUACGACUGGGACCUGGUCGGCACUGACGACCUGAUCGGAGAGACAAAGAUUGACUUGGAGAAUCGUUUCUACAGCAAAUACAGAGCAACCUGUGGCAUCUCAUCCAACUAUUCUGUCCAUGGAUACAAUAUUUGGCGGGACCCUAUGAAGCCCAGUCAGAUUCUGGCGAAGCUCUGUAAAGACGGCAAGAUUGAUGGACCUCAUUAUGGGCCAGGGGGCAAAGUCAAGGUGGCCAGUCGAAUCUUCCUGGGACCUACAGAGAUCGAGGAUGAAAAUGGUCUGAAGAAACAGACAGAGGAGCAUUUGGCUCUGACGGUGCUGAACCACUGGGAAGAGAUCCCGAGGGUGGGCUGUAAGCUCGUCCCAGAACACGUGGAGACCAGACCCCUGCUGAACCCCGACAAACCCGGCAUCGAACAGGGCCGUAUUGAGAUGUGGGUGGAUAUGUUUCCUAUGGACAUGCCUGCUCCUGGACCUGCGAUUGACAUAUCACCAAGGAAACCAAAGAGCUUUGAGCUUCGUGUUGUUAUUUGGAACACUGAUGACGUAAUUCUAGAGGACGAUGCUUUCAUGACAGGAGAGAAGAUGUCUGACAUCUAUGUCAGGGGAUGGCUCAAAGGGCAGCAGGAGGACAAGCAGGACACAGAUGUGCACUAUCACUCCCUGACCGGUGAGGGAAACUUUAACUGGCGCUUCGUCUUCCCCUUCGAUUACCUCAUGGCUGAGGAGAAGAUCGUCAUUUCUAAGAAAGAGUCCAUGUUCUCCUGGGAUGAGACUGAAUAUAAGAUCCCUCCUCGCCUCACAAUGCAGGUCUGGGAUGCCGACCACUUCUCUGCUGAUGACUUCCUGGGUGCAAUCGAGUUGGACCUAAACCGGUUCCCUCGUGGCGCCAAGACGGCCAAGCAGUGUUCCCUGGACAUGAUCCGAAAUGAGCAGGAGCUGCCCACGAUUUCCAUCUUCAAACAGAAGAGGGUCAAGGGCUGGUGGCCGUUUGUAGCCCGCGAUGAGAACGAUGAGAUGGAGCUAACUGGUAAGGUAGAAGCUGAGCUUCAUCUUGUGACAGCGGAGGAGGCGGAGAAAAGUCCUGUAGGACUGGGACGAAAUGAGCCUGAUCCACUGGAGAAACCAAAUCGCCCAGACACCACCUUCCUGUGGUUCCUGAGCCCGCUGAAAGCCAUCCGCUACCUGGUGUGCAACCGCUACAAGUGGCUGAUCAUCAAGAUCGUGCUGGCCCUGCUGCUGCUCAUCAUGCUGGGCCUCUUCCUCUACAGCAUGCCGGGCUACCUGGUCAAGAAGCUGCUGGGGGCCUGAGAGGCUGCUGGGAGGACAGGGUGGGGCGGGGGGUGGCCAGCCGAAUAGAUGGAUGAAGAGAGGUUGGGGGAGACACAGAGAGUAGAUGUUGGUUUGUGGGCGCAGACAUAAGGAGAGUGCGUGGAGUCUCACAAGAGGAAAGAUAUCAGAUUGCAUUAUUUCCUCCUCUCUAAUCCAUUCUGAUGGUCACAAACAGCUCGCCACCUUCCUCCUUCGCUCUGCAGAGAGAGGCAGAAACCACCUAAAUGACUUUUUAUCCCCCCGAGUCAUGAGAAACACUAACUGUCUAAUCUUCCAUCCAAUCUGCAGCAAGCCUAACAAACGUAACGCUCAGUAUCUGGACUCCAUCCUUGAACUGACUCUAAAGCAAUCCUUUGCCACAAAGUUUAACCCUUGAUGUUCUUCUUCUUUUCCAGCAAUGUUACAUGACGAUGAAUGUUUCUUUAUCUGUUUAUACAGCCUCUCGUUUAUUUAUUGAUUAAGUUUAUUGAGCGUGUCGGGUUAGUGGUCAGACGAUUGCAUGGACAUUCAUUUCAAGUGAUGCUCUAAGAUCUCCCAUUACUGUUCUAAUGUCUGCUGUUGAUUUAAGUUCUUAGGGAACAAAUGAACAAUGUGUUUAAUAACACUUUACUCUAAUCCCCCUUUCAGCAUUUAUAAGCACUAUAUGAAUAUUUAAUAAAAGGGUUUACUGUAUAAUACACUAUGAUGUAGUUGUAAGCAAAAAUACGGACAUUUUUAAGUGUUAAUUAAUGUACAAUAAUUGUCAACGAUUAUUCUUUCUCCCGUGAACACAUUUUAUAUGAUUACCCUUGUGUUUAACUAUGUUAUUUAUUAUCUGUUUAUACACCAGCCUCCAGUUGUGAGUGCCCGCAGGACAAGUUACAGUUGUUGACAGAUACAUUAAUAAACACUUGUUUUUAUAUGUUGCUUAUAAAUGCUAAACAUGGGGGAUUAAAGCUAAGUGUUACCCUUUUUUUAUUAAAUUAUAUAGCUCUUGCAGUCUUUGCACACUUCAAGAAUAAUAAUGAUGAAACAAAAAUAAAGAUGUCUAUUUUCCUAAUGAAAUCCGAUGAGACAUUGAACAAGAUGAGUUCAAAAUUAAAUGAAUUAUCAAUAAGCGUUCGACAGGGUUUAAUUCAACUAAAAUGUAUCAAAGCAACAAAACCAGACUUGAGUCAAAAAGUAUUUGUAGGUAAUUACCAAAAAAAGACAACAGGAGAAUAAGGCAUAUUAUCUGCAGAUAUUGUUUGACAAAUUCUGGUUGAAACAUCUUCAAAAGCAACAAACACUACAAGGUCAUUACUGUUUUCUACCAAAAUGUAGACUUAUAUGUCAAUAUGCAUGCAUCAUUGUGAUAACUGACCACAGAGGUAAUGUGUGUUGGCAUGACCGUCUCUCCAAAUCACCGACCCUGCUCUCUUUAACAUUACAGAUGACGUAAAGGUGAUUUCAUGGGAAUACGAUUAAAGUGCACUUGAGGGGAGUGUUGAAAGGGGGUUGAUUAUUUAAAUCCUGGCUCCAUCUUCGUUUCAGAUGGUAUUGUUUGCAGUGUCCGUUACUCCCUUUCAAAUUUGACUGUGCUUGACCUCAUUUGUGUUGCAGUCUUUGUUUGUGAUUCUGUGUUUCACCGAUUACAGAGUUAUCGUUUGCACUAAACUUGCCUGUUUUUACAAUGAAUUUGUGUUUAUAUAUCUGUUGAAAUGUGUGCAAUAUUUAUUUUUUGUCUCUUUUGGCAAUGUGAAAUAAACUGAAUUCCAUGGACAACA